CGCAACAUCUCCGUUUCCCUCCCUUCAGUCCCUCGCACCCCCCCCCUUUCCCCUUCAAGAAGCCGGCUCCGGGGCGCGUUCACCCCGUGAGGAGGCCGAAGGCCGCACUCAGGAGGCGCGCUCUCUACUCCCGGAAGAUCAUGUACCAGACCAGCAGGGGGGCGGCCCGGCGUCUCGGCCCCUGCCUCCGGGCCUACCAAGCUCGCCCCCAGGACCAGCUUUCUCCAUGGGCUCUGCCAUUUCCACCCCUGUGGCCACACUCCACCACGACUACUUCUCCAUCUUCUCCUCCUCUUUGGUCUCCCCCACCCACAGCCCCCCCCACCCCACUGCUCCCCAGGGCUCUCCCACUACCUCUUCCUCAGGUCCCAGCCCUCAGCUCACCAUGGGUGGUUCUCCCUCCAGGAAAGGGGGAGGAGGGACCAGGACCUGAGUUGCAUAGCGGCUGCCUGGAUGGGCUUCGGAGCCUAUUUGAGGGACCUCCCUGCCCCUACCCUGGAGCUCUGAUACUUUUCCAAGCCCCUGGGACCUCCCGCCCUUCCCCUGCCACUCCAUCAGGAGAUCCCAGUAUGGAGGAGCACCUGGCUGUCAUGUAUGAGAGACUGAGACGAGAGCUCCCCAAUCUCUUCCUUCACUCCCAUGACUACACUCUCUACUCAUCGGAUGUGGAAUUCAUCAAUGAGAUCCUGAACAUACAUACCAAGGGCCGGACAUGGUAUAUUCUGUCACUGACCCUCUGCCGCUUCCUGGCCUGGAACUAUUUUGCACAACUUCAGUUGGAGAUUCUACAGCUAACUCGCCACCCUGAGAACUGGACCCUGCAAGCCCGCUGGCGGCUCGUGGGGCUGCCCAUCCAUAUGCUCUUUCUGCGUUUCUACAAGCGUGACAAGGAAGAGCUUUACCGGACCUAUGACGCCUAUUCCACCUUCCACCUGAAUUCCAGUGGCCUCAUUUGUCGCCAUCACCUAGACAAACUGAUGCCUUCACACUCACCCCCAACGCCUGUGAAGAAACUGCUCGUGGGAGCUCUGGUGACUCUGGGGCUGUCAGAGCCAGAGCCCAACUUACACCUGUGUCCCAAGGCCUGAUCAGGAACUGGGGUGGGGGCCGCACUGAAGACCUUGCUACGCACAAGAGGAGGAAGUGGAAGCGGCCAAGAAUCUCGGGCCAGCUUCCUCCCCUCUUCUCUCUCCUUCCUAUUUCAUGUUGUGGAAAGCUGCUGUGUAAUUAAACUUGUAAAUAAUAAAGUCUAAAUGA